AACUUUCUUCCAUUUUUUUUAUACAUUCUGCAAGUCUCUAUUGAGGAGCAAGGAAGGUUUAGCAGUAAAAAGAAGUAAAGCCAUGAGUCGAGGAAGUGGAGCUGGUUACGAUCGUCACAUAACCAUUUUCUCUCCUGAAGGUCGUCUCUUCCAAGUCGAGUAUGCGUUUAAGGCAGUGAAGGCUUCUGGGAUCACCUCUAUCGGUGUCCGAGGAAAGGAUUCAGUCUGCGUUGUCACUCAGAAGAAGGUUCCGGACAAGCUUUUGGAUCAUACUAGUGUCACGCAUCUCUUUGCCAUUACCAAGUACAUUGGAUUGUUAGCCACCGGCAUGACAGCUGAUGCAAGGACGUUGGUCCAACAAGCAAGGAAUGAAGCAGCUGAGUUUCGUUUCAAAUAUGGCUAUGAGAUGCCUGUAGAUGUAUUAUCCAGAUGGAUUGCUGACAAAUCACAAGUCUAUACUCAGCAUGCUUAUAUGAGACCUCUUGGAGUAGCUGCUAUGGUUUUGGGUAUUGAUGAAGAAGAUGGGCCUCAACUUUUCAAGUGCGAUCCAGCUGGCCAUUUCUUUGGCCACAAGGCCACAAGUGCUGGCUUGAAAGAACAGGAAGCAAUCAAUUUCCUGGAGAAGAAAAUGAAGAAUGAUCCUGCAUUCUCUUAUGAAGAAACAGUACAGACUGCCAUUUCUGCCCUGCAAUCAGUUUUGCAAGAGGAUUUCAAAGCCAAUGAAAUAGAGGUGGGGGUCGUGAAAAAAGAUCAUCCAAUUUUUAGAGUGUUGUCGAUGGAGGAGAUUGAUGAGCACUUGACAGCCAUAAGUGAGCGUGAUUAAACACAACAUAUUGCAUAAGCUGCA